UAGUUCCUGAUAAUCCGGAGAGCUUUACGCGCGGCUGCUGAGUCUGUCUGCCAAGUCUGACAACAAAAUGUAACCUCUGCAGCGCUGAUCCACCGCUGUGCACCGUCAAAACUCCGGUACAACACCCCAGGUCUAUGCUUUAUUCGCCGGUAGUUCCCUCGGAUGUGUUGGCUCGUUAAAGAGCGGCAGUUAGGGCGCGCGACGGCAAAACUACAAUGAGCUCGGAGCACCAAAGCGACAGCAGCGAGGACGCGGACGAGAACCAGGACAGGCCCCAGGACGGCGGCGGCAGCGACAAAGAAGACCCCGAUAUCGACGACUCGGAUGACGAUGAUGAUGGUAUUGUACGCGGAGUUUCGUCUUCACCUCCGAGAAGUAGCGGCGGGGAGCGGGGAGAGCUGUCCGAGGAGGAGCGGUGCAAGCGGAAAGACGCACAGCAGCAGACUGGGAGCGGCGGCAGCGGUGGUGGUGGCUACAAGGGGAACAGCCUGUUUUCAUGGCUCCAGAGUAGGACUAUUAGGCGAGGGGUAUUUGUGGACCCCGCACGGGACAAUUUCAAGACGAUGACAAGUCUGUACUGCUCUAUGAACCCUGCGUCAGAGUCGGUAAACCUGAGCACUCAGACGCACGGAGCGGUGUUCAAUUUGGAGUACUCCCCGGAUGGAUCGGUGCUGACUGUGGCCUGUGAGCAGACGGAGGUGCUGCUGUUUGAUCCAAUCUCGUCUCGACACAUAAAAACUCUGACGGAGGCUCAUGAAGACUGUGUCAACAACAUAAGGUUUUUGGACAAUCGCCUGUUUGCCACCUGCUCCGAUGACACCACAAUUGCAUUAUGGGACCUCCGUAAACUGAAUUCGAAGGUUUGCUCUUUGCACGGUCACGCCAGCUGGGUGAAAAACAUCGAGUAUGACACAAACACUCGCCUCCUCGUCACCUCUGGCUUUGACGGCAAUGUCAUCACCUGGGACACCAACAGGUUCACAGAAGAUGGCUGCCCUCAUAAGAAGUUCUUCCACACCCGGUACCUGAUGCGGAUGCGUUUGACUCCAGACUGUUCAAAGAUGCUGAUCUCCACCUCAUCUGGAUAUCUGCUGAUCCUCCACGACCUCGACCUCACUCAGUCCCUGGAGGUGGGCAGCUACCGCAUGCUUCGGGCCAGGAGGACUCCACUCAGCUCCGAUGGAGGCACGUCUGCAUCUCGGCCAGCUGGAAGUCGCCAGGGAAACGAUUCUAGUAAACUCCACCCACACAGAGAAGGUCUGUCACCGAGAAACAGCCUGGAAGUUUUAACGCCAGAGAUCCCUGGAGAGAGGGACCGAGGCAACUGUAUCACCUCCCUCCAACUCCACCCCAAAGGCUGGGCCACGCUCAUCCGCUGCUCCAGCAACAUGGAUGAUCAGGAGUGGACUUGUGUGUACGAGUUCCAGGAGGGGGCACCCACUCGACCCCUGGUCUCUCCGCGCUGCUCUCUGCGUCUGACCCAUUAUAUUGAGGAGGCCAACGUGGGACGAGGCUACAUCAAGGAGCUGUGUUUCAGCCCUGACGGCCGUCUCAUCUGCUCCCCCUAUGGGUAUGGGGUGAGACUGCUGGCGUUUGAUGAGGGCUGUGGGGAGCUGUCAGACUGUGUCCCGGUCCAAACCAGCGUUUUGAAGGAAAUUCGGUCCAUUUAUUCUCACAGUGACGUUGUUCUCACCACAAAGUUCUCUCCCACUCACUGUCAGCUGGCCUCGGGCUGCCUCAGUGGACGCGUGGCUUUGUAUCAGCCCAAGUUUUAGCUGGUCACAAGAAACAAGGAAGCCUAACUCUGCAGGCCUGGGAUUAGGAGUAGUCCUUUAAUGACAUUAUACUGUCUUCAAUUGUGCUGUGGUUUGCAUAUUGUUCUGGCAUAGGUUUCAAUUCUUAUUUAUUAGCAUUUGUAUUGGUGAUUUUUCAGAUUUUCAGAACUCUCAGAUGGGGGGAGUAAGAGCUAUUUUUCUCUGUUGAUUAUUAGGUAUUUUGAUGAGAACUCUUUUAAAGGAAAACAGACAAAUGCGCAACCUGAUUUCUAUUAAUGACUGGACCCGAAACAUUUUCUAUUACAACAAAAUCAGCAUUUUAACAAUAUUUAUCUUGGCUGCCGUCAUCUGUAUUAAAUAUUAUCAACCACUGAAUGUUAUGUCAUCUAAAAACCCAGAAAGUAAAAUAGCCAAAGUAUAAUUUGCUUUAUAAAUAAUUUAACUAGAAGCUGUUUUCCAUAUGUUUUUCUAGAUUUGUAAUAAAAUACACUUGCACAGUACCCUGCCCUUGUUGGCUGCAUUAAGGAACUCUAAUGUACUACCAUAUCUGUAUGGUAUGAGGAAGAAUUCAUUGUAAACCUCUAGUGUUUUUGGGUAUUGUGUAACCUGUUUGAAAAUUAUUGUACUCUAAGCAAGCCUUAAAAUAUUUACUUCUAAACCCAGGUCUGCAGCUGCAUUGACAAUGUUUUUUGGAAAGUUGUUGAACUGAGAAGUCGAAUAAAAGAAGAAAAAUGUCUUACAAAAUGUGCUAUGGACCUGUGAAGGAAAAGGUGCUAGAUAAAAGAAGAUUUCAUGUUAAACUUUGAAAUGCAAAGACAAUGACAAUGGAUUAUUAUGGAGAGCAGUACUACUAACUCACUUUUGUAUGACUGGAUCUUGUUGUUUGGACUGAAUAACACUAAAUUUGCAAACUUGUAAACCUGGAGGCAUUGCUUUUGCGUGACAAUAUGCCUUUUUCAUAGGUGCUGCAUUUCUGCUUUGAACUCUGACCCCCUACUUGGAUCUAGUUCCCCUUUUGCCUUUUGUUUCUUCCCUCAAGACAAUGUUAUGGACUCUUAGUGGUUUUAAUGAUAUUACUGCUGGCACUAUAUGUAGCACAGUUUUGGUUUCUAUCGGAUUUAGCUGGUGCUGCGCUAGAGGGCGCUGUUUGACUUUUAUCAAAACUCCCAUCACAUUUUUGUUUGUCUUAACGCUUGUACCAGAAAACUUGUUAUCGAUAAACAACAAUACUGCAGCCUGGCCACUAUACUGUAAUGUGAUACUUUAAAAAUAACUGGUACUUAUGGUAUCAGAAUUUAACUAAGAUCCGAACUAAGAUUUAAAUGAGUAACAUAUUAACCAGACCUUGACGCUAAAGAUCAAAAAAAGCUCAACCAUGUAUUCAAAUUAACAUUGAACUAUAUUAUUUUUUCUGGUUAUUGCUUGCCUAAAUGUUUCACAGUACGAUAUUUGCUUUUUUUUGCAUUCAUUUAAUCAAUCGCAGGUGUUUUUAUUGUUUAAAAGAACAUACAUUUUAUUGUAAGCAGGCUCUCCACUCCACAGAUCUUUUCUGUAACUCGAUAGAGCUAUAUAACUUAAAUGCCAUACUGUGGAGCAUUUAAGACAAAGCAAUAUUAGCGUUGUGGAGACAACUAGGUGACAUACCCAACGUAAAGGUUACAGAAAUGUUACAUACUGUAGCUUUCAUUGGGAAUUCUACUGAAUGUUGUAUGACUGACCAGGCUGCCAGCAUUGUGUUUUAAACUUUCAUCUCUUUCUCCAAUUGAUAUUUCAGUUUAUUUGUGACCUGUUGCAUAUUUAAAAUUUGACAAACUUAACUUUGGUCUCUUCUCAUGGCUAAGAAAAUAUUUGUUUAAUUUUUACUUCAUGCAAUUGUUGCCAAAACUUUUUUUUAUUCAAAUUGUAUUCCUCAUCAGUGUUGGACAACCAUUUUCUUUUUCUAUUCAAGUUUUUCCCCCCUAGUCUCCCACUCUACACUCCCUGUUGCUUGAGUGUGUUACCUGGAUUUUGUGUGAAAAUUGGUGCCUGUUUUUUUAAAGGGACGAAUACUAUGCACUGCAGCUUAUGUGGAGGGCCUACUUUCUCUAAUUGUAACUUGAUGUGUGCUUAUUGUUGAGACUUUAGAUGCCAAAUGCUUUGUGAAGGUGAAUUAAAAUCUUUAUUGUGAA